AUGCGCAAUCCCCCUGCCAAUUCGUACAUCACCGAUCCCACCGCCCUAACUGAAACGAGCGCAACCUCGACAACUGGGUCCGUUCAGAACGGGACUGGGUCCGAUUCAACUGUUCGGUCGACAUUUGUCAAUCGGAUGAUUACGCGUCGAACUGAUUCAGCAGAUCCGACGACGACGACGACAUCGCUUAGUCCCACUGAUUCGAGUUCCUCCAAACCGGGAUUUCUCCAUGUACCCGGUUCUCCCAUAUCCAGANUAUCCAGAGCAGUAUCCAUGGGUGAAUUGGUUCAUCGAGGUCCCACCAACGGUCUACCUGAACAGAACAAAUCGGACGGUCUAGCAGUGAUGCGACAGGGUGAAGAUCCUACAGUUGGAUGUAAUCCAUUCUUCCUGGCUAUGCAACCGCAAUACGAUUCGAUCAGAGGCAAUGCGGCUCUAACCAGUUACACACUCUCUCGUCGUCCGAAACCGACAACAAGGACAUCCGCUAUUUAUCCCGGACCGGAAUUCAAGGACGCAAAAGAUAUCCGGAACUUGACCGAACAGCCCCGUCGUUAUGCCAACGUGCAAACACCGGAUUUUGUCAAACUGGCCACCGACGGUCCGAGACACUUGCAUCGUUUGCACCGCGGGAGCGGAAGUACCGCACACAAAGCUGCCAUACAAUCGUGGAAAUCGACCGAUCGACUUCACGAGUGCUUCCAGCGUGAAGGAAGUCAGACAGAUAGCGGAAUCAGCAAUUCGUCCGUGGAGAAGCGAUCGGUCACUUCUCCAGCUAGUCCCAUGAAUCCAGCACAAAAUAAGAUGGGAAUUACAAACAGUCAGAGUGUUGUAUUCUCAAAUAUGCCUGAACAAUCAGAUGGACAUAAAUCCACGAUAGGCACACAGUUGCAUGUAAUACGUGCUCCUGGAGAAAGCCUUCGUCAAGCUGUAUCACCGCACAGUUCCCGGAUCAAAUCGGAUCCAUCGUCAAAUCCACCCGUUACGUCAAUCAAUCGUGCAUUCCGUCCGGGCAUUCCACACACUGUGGUCCUGUACAAAACGGAUGGUGUUCUUUCCUCGAGUCCAACGGAUGUACGUCCGUCAUUUGGCUUGUCCAUAAGAACGGUCAAAAAUUCUGACGUAAUUGCCAAUUUCCAACCAACCGCCAAUAAGCCGAGUUUACAGAUCGCCAAACGGAUUGUUCCAAAUAGUCCGGCCGAUCGCGCCGGUAUUUGCGAAGGGGAUUUUGUUUUGAAGUGUCUCAAGAAACAAUUUGAUGUCGGGGAUUUGGGUGAACGAAUGAAUGAAUGA